UGGUGAUUUCAAGUCAAUUACUACCUAACACAAACUACUUUUCAAAUUAAAAAAAAAUCUUUUUUAUACAGUUGGGCUUCAGCUUCAGCUUGCUUUCUUUCUGAUAUCACCAAAAAAUCCCAAUAUCCCAUAACCUAAAAAAAUGGCAAUGAACCCAGCAGAAGAAGAGGUUGUUCUUACUGAAGACAAAGGUCAUGUUAGAUUGAUCACUUUGAAUCAGCCAAGAAAACUAAAUGUCAUUUCUGCCAAAGUGGUUUAUCUGUUGGCACAAAAUCUUGAAAAAUGGGAAAAAGAUGAAGAUGUAAAGCUAGUGAUUAUUAAGGGCGCUGGUCGUGCAUUUUCUGCUGGUGGGGAUCUGAAAAUGUUCUAUGACGGCAGGACGUCAAAGGAUUCAUGUCUUGAAGUGGUAUAUAGGUUUUAUUGGCUCUGCUAUCACAAUUUUACCUACAAGAAACCGCAGGUUGCACUUGUUCAUGGAAUUUCAAUGGGUGGAGGUGCAUCACUUAUGGUUCCAAUGAAGUUUUCAGUUGUCACUGAAAAAACUAUAUUCGCUAUGCCUGAAGCAAGUAUUGGGUAUCACACUGAUUGUGGUUUCUCGUACAUCCUUUCUCAUCUUCCAGGCCGUUUGGGUGAAUACUUUGCCUUGACCGGGGCACGGUUGAGUGGUGAGGAACUGGUUGCUGCUGGGUUAGCCACACAUUUGGUUCCUUUGGAUAAAUUGUCGGCACUAGAGAACCAUUUGGUAAGUUUGGACUCAGGUGACGAGAACAUAGUGAAAGCUGCUAUUGAAGAAUUCUCUUUAGAUAUCCAGAUUAGUGAAGAAAGCAUCUUAAACAAGCGUGCGGUAAUUGAUGAGUGUUUUUCAAAGGAAUCUGUGGAGCAGAUCCUGGAAUCAUUUGAAGCCGAGUCAAGAAAGGAAGGAAAUGCAUGGAUUGCACCAGUUCUUAAGGGCUUAAAAAGAUCAUCUCCUACUGGUUUAAAGAUUAAUCUGAAAUCGGUUCGUGACGGGAGGAAGCAAACACUAUCAGAGUGCCUAAAGAAAGAAUUUAGACUCACAAUAAAUAUACUCAGAAGGGUGAUAUCUGGUGAUGUUUAUGAGGGUAUUCGAGCUCUUACCAUAGAUAAAGAUAACUCUCCAAAGUGGGAUCCUUUAACUCUUGGUGAAGUCGAUAGCCAAAGAUUGGAUCUUAUCUUUCAGCCAUUUGAAGAGGCUUUAGAGCUCAACAUUCCUGAAAACGAUGAAUAUAGGUGGAGCGGCAAGUAUGAGGAUUCGGUUUAUGCUUGAUGGGAAGAUCGGCUCCUCUUUUCAGGCCAGCCCCCGGCUAUCUUUGUGUGUUUUAUCUAGUUAUUUUUGAACGGCAAAACUAUCUUUGUGUAUUUACUAGAAAAAAUAUGAAUAUAAGAUUAUUAGAAGGGAACUUCAGGUGGCAUGUGAGUGAUGGAAAGUUAAUGUUGUCAUUGGACAAUGGAGACUAUUUUUGUUCUUAUGAAUCAACUACAACUAUGAAUUGGUUUAUGAUUUAAUAAUAUCAAUAAGUUAUUUCA